AUGUUUGUGUCUGUUGGGGUGCGGUCUGCUAGGGGCCCUCAUGUGGCCACGAACUUGUGGCAUAGUAUGUUUUUGUUUGUUGUAGUUUCUGCGCUUGUAGUGGUCAUCGCUGGAUAUGUACUAAUACAAGGUUAUGAAUUUGAUUUAGAAGCACUUUCUGCUCAGUUGUAUCGAGGAUCAAGACGUUGUUUUUUUUCGGGCAAAGGGGAUGGAUAUACUGGUGGUGAUGGUUCCAAUGGUGCUAGUUCAACACAGUUCAGUUAUAAAACUGCGGUAGCAUAUCAGCCCAAAGACCGAGAUGACCCGAUCUACAAGAGGAUGAAGACUCAGUUACAAUCCGCGACUGGUGAGGAUAAUUAUUUCGUCACUUUGAAUAAUCCUGGUGACGUUUACGCAGGGGUAGCUGAUGGAGUUGGUGGUUGGGCAGAGCACGGUUACGAUUCAAGUGCUAUCUCAAGAGAACUGUGCCGUGCCAUGAAUGAUUUCAGCUCACUGUCAAAUAAAAAGGACUCUCACGCGUUUCCGCCCAAGAAGUUGAUUGAAAUGGGUUACAAUAAGAUUAAGAACGACGGAAUUGUGAAAGUGGGAGGAACAACUGCGAUCGCCGCCCAUUUCCCCUCAAAUGGUACUAUGCAGGUUGCUAACCUUGGGGAUUCAUGGUGCGGUGUCUUUAGAGAUUCUAAACUUGUGUUUCAGACGAGAUUUCAAACUGUUGGGUUUAAUGCUCCGUAUCAAUUGGCGAUUAUACCGGAUGAGAUGGUGAGAGAGGCCAAGAAGAAAGGUGGUGCAUUCAUUCAAAAUAAACCUUCUGAUGCAGAUGAGUACAGCUUCCAAUUGGCAAAAGAUGACUUAGUUGUUCUAGCAACCGAUGGUGUCACGGAUAAUAUCUCAUCAGAUGAUAUACAGCUCUUCUUUCGCGAUAACGAAGCCAUGAUCGAGAAGGAUUUGCAAUCUGUCUCCCAGCAAUUUGUCAGUAAAGUGGUUGAAUUAAGUAAGGACCCCAACUAUCCAAGUGUUUUCGCCCAAGAAAUAACAAAAUUGACUGGUAAGGACUACCGUGGUGGUAAAGAAGAUGAUAUCACAGUUGUCGUUGUUAAAGUUGAGUAA